GAUCCGGGGAGGAUCGCGGUGAUUGCGGACACUCAGGAUGGGGCUGCUCGCUGCAUGGCUGCCCCCCGGGUACGUGCUGCUCCUGGGCGCCCUGCUCUGCCCUCCCCCGGUCCUCACUCACCCCCAAUGCCUGGACUUCAAGCCGCCGUUCCGCCCGGUGCAAGAGCUCGCAUUCUGCGUCCAGUACAAGGACUUCGGCUGCUGCGACUCCGCUCGGGACCAGCAGAUCAUGGACGCCUUCUACCGGGUCAUGGCGCACCAAGACGGCAAGGGCUACGAGCGAUGCGCUGCCCAUGUGCAGGACAUCCUGUGCCAGGAAUGUUCUCCGUAUGCCGCACAUUUAUAUGACGCAGAAGAUCCUUCAACUCCGGUCCGAACAAUCGCAGGGCUCUGCAUGGAUUACUGCUUCGACGUCUGGCAGAACUGCAGGACUGUUUUCCAGCACAUGACGACCGAUAAAGAAUUAUUAGCGUUGGAAAGCAACAUGGCAAAAUUCUGCCGCCGUUUGUCACUAGAUGACACAGACUAUUGUUUUCCUCGCUUGUUGGCCAAUUCAAACCUAAACCGGAAUCUGGGGGUGGUGAUAGCUGAUUCAGAGGGCUGUCUACAGCUGUGCCUGGAAGAGGUGGCAAAUGGUCUACGGAAUCCGGUUGCCAUGGUCCACGCAAACGACGGAACGCACAGAUUCUUCGUAGCAGAGCAAGUGGGCUUAGUAUGGACCUAUCUCCCCGACCGAUCAAGGCUGGAAAAGCCAUUUCUAAACAUCUCAAAAGCUGUGUUGACAUCACCCUGGGAAGGGGAUGAACGAGGGUUUCUAGGGAUUGUUUUGCACCCAAACUUUAAACACAACGGCAAAGUCUAUGUUUACUACUCAGUGGAAAUUGGCUUUGACGAAAUUAUUAGAAUAAGCGAGUUCAGAGUUUCCUCACAUGACAUGAAUACCGUCGACCACAGCUCUGAAAGGAUAAUCCUGGAGGUAGAAGAACCAGCUUCAAAUCACAAUGGAGGGGAAAUACUGUUUGGGCAUGAUGGGUAUCUCUAUAUAUUUAUUGGGGACGGAGGAAUGGCUGGAGAUCCAUUUGGGAAAUUUGGAAAUGCUCAGAACAGGUCAGUGUUGCUGGGCAAAGUAUUGCGUAUUAACGUCAACCACAAUGACCAUGGCCCUCUGUAUCGAAUCCCACCGGACAACCCAUUCAUCAACGACCCAUCAGCCCGGCCUGAAAUCUAUGCAUACGGGGUGAGGAACAUGUGGCGCUGCUCUUUUGAUAGGGGAGACCCGGUCACAAAAGACGGGAAAGGACGUCUCUUCUGUGGAGAUGUAGGACAGAAUAAAUUUGAAGAAGUCGACAUAGUAGAGAAAGGAAAAAAUUAUGGCUGGAGAGCGAGGGAAGGAUACAGCUGUUAUGAUAAAAAACUUUGUGCCAAUUCCUCUUUAGAUGAUGUUCUCCCAAUUUUUGCCUACCCUCACAAACUGGGGAAAUCUGUCACGGGAGGUUACAUUUACAGAGGCUGUGAAUAUCCAAACUUGAACGGACUCUAUAUUUUUGGAGAUUUCAUGAGUGGGCGUCUAAUGGCCCUGAAGGAAAACCGUGACACAGGAGAGUGGCUGUACCACGAGAUCUGUAUGGGAACAGGACAGACCUGUAUGUUUCCAGGACUAAUUAAUAACUAUUAUCAGUACAUCAUCUCAUUCGCCGAGGACGAAGCAGGGGAGUUAUAUUUCAUGUCAACUGGCUUUCCGAGCGCCACGUCCCCAACUGGCGUGGUGUACAAAAUCGUGGACCCGUCCAGGAGAGCGCCGCCGGGCAGAUGCCGCUUCCAUCCUGCGCCAGUAAAAGUGAAAAGUGACGUCAUCAAGUUCGUACCGAAAGAAAAGUUUUUAAAAAAAACGGCUACCACAAAGCGGCCAAAGGUGAAACCAACAACCAAAGCACCUGGAAGGACCCGAACUACAGCGCAGCCUCCACCCAGCAGUACAUCUGACUGGGUAGAAGAACUCCUGAAGCUACUGAGGUCACAAGACAAAUUAAUCCCUACUACUGCUAGGCCCGCCACAACAAAGCCUCCAAGGACGAAGAAAGGGGGAAAAAGCAGUGAAAAAAGAUCCCAGAGAAAGAAAGGCACAAAAGCAAGUUCCUCAGAAAUCCAUAAUGGAGCGGUGAGGUUGGUCAACGACCAAAACAAGGCUGAUCGUGGAAGGGUUGAGAUAUUCAUUAAUGGAGAGUGGGGUACAGUGUGUGAUGAUUUGUGGAAUACAAAAGCCGCAAGUGUGGUCUGUCGCCAGUUAGGGUUCCCACACGUUAUAAAGGCCAGCAAACAGGCUGAAUUUGGAGAAGGACAUUCUCUUCGGAUUCUUCUUGAUGACCUCGAUUGUACAGGAAAAGAGAAGACGUUGCUGGAUUGCAAACACAAAGAGAUUGGGAAACACAACUGCACCCACAAAGAAGAUGCCGGCGUUAUAUGCAGCCAUAAAGAAAACUCUGGAACCGAAAACUGAUGGCUUUCAAGAAAAAGGACCUUCCGUUUGUAAUUUGUUGGGCAGUUAUUAAUAAGAAAUAUGGAUAUAACCAUAUAACCAAUAGAAGAUGGAGUCUUUAGCUAAAGACUAUUUAUUGGGACAUCACAGAAAAAAAGUAGAGUGACAUAAGCUUUGGGAAACUUUUUUAGAUGAAAUUGGGCAAUAAUUAAACUAAAUUUCUAAUUGAGAAUUCUGUUCCUAGUCUUGAUCUAUACACUUGGUGAAAUGGACAUAAUGAUUCGAGUACAACAAGAUUUUUUUUAAUAAAAAUAUAGGAAUCGUUUAUAAA